AUGAAGGAAGUGUACAUCAAAAUGGGCGCAGAUGGGGCGGCGACGGAUGGCUCCACUUACAUACACCGACCGAGGUAUUUCCUGGAACCUGCAGCACAAUUCAAAUUACCGAGCAAAAUGAUGCUCUUCCAUGUAGCUCCGCCUACUAGUAGUAUUCACUUGGAACUCAUUUACGCGUAUUUCCUGGAACCUGCAGCACAAUUCAAAUUACCGAGCAAAAUGAUGCUCUUCCAUGUAGCUCCGCCUACUAGUAGUAUUCACUUGGAACUCAUUUACGCGAUGUGGUCCACUUACGACUACUUGUUUUCGUCGAUUUUUUGGUGUACUGGAUUUGUCGGAAUCGUAGUCAACGUCUAUCUUCUCUACCUGAUAUUCUUCCACGCACCCGAAACCGUAGUCAAACGCUAUCUUCUCUACCUGAUAUUCUUCCACGCACCUGAAACGCUUCGGGUCUAUCGGGUAUUCCUCGCCAAUGCCGCUCUUGCUGAUCUUAUUCUUUCCAUCGCAAUGACGUUUUCUCAAAUACGAUUAAUACCCAACAAAUGGGCAUUCGCUUAUGUCGCCCUGGGACCAGCACAGUAUUUUGGUCCAACGGCAUGCUACUUAGGCUAUUGUGUAGUAUUACAUGCACUAUUCUACACUUUUCUAUCAUAUCCACUCUCAUUCGGCUAUCGUUAUCAUAUACUGGUUCGACCAAUGCCAACAAUCAGACGAUGCAUAAUCAUAUGCUUGGCGCUGUGGCUCAUUGCAUUUGCUCAACACAUUUUAUUCAUAUUUUCUCAAUCUGAUCCACAACUCAUACGAGCAUACCUCGCGAUUAACAAGCCCGAGUAUAAUCUUACCGAGUUCAUCGUUACCGGCAAUCACAUGAUCAAAAGUCCAACCACUUCUGUGACCUUAGCUACAAUCGUACUACCAAUGUUUCCUGUUUAUGUGAUCGUGAUAUAUUUCUAUAGAAAAGUUCAUGGCGUCCUCAACGAAAACAAUGUA